UAUGAGACCCAUAUAAAUCCUUCACGUACGAUCCCUAGGUUGGUUUGUACUCAAGGGAAGGUAAGCUUCGUUGACUCCUUCAGCUAUUCCUAAACUCAGCUAUUCCUUGAGACCAGGUCGAUAAUUUUUUCUCGUGCUCUUCAUUCAUUCUCUUGUUUUUACAAUCCCUUUACGUUCUUUCGUAGUCUAUGAACUAUUUGAUUUUCAAACCAUUCCUUGGAGUAGCUAAUUCGGAAGCUGGUUUAUGAUUUAUCAGAUCAAAUCAUUUGUUGUAUCGUUCUAGAUAUCCACAUCUUGAUUAAUUUCGAUCUGUGCCACGCACGCUCAUAUCAUCCUUACUUCCCCAUCAUUAACUUUUUGAAUUCUUCUCUCCAAUUAUAUUGGCAUAUCGCUACAUUCUUUACAGAGAUAAUGGCUUCACGAAUAUCAAUAAAAAAACAAUUUUUAUUGUUUUGUUCAUUUUCUUUACCAUUAUUAGCAUCAGCUGCCACGACGGAUACACCAACAACAUGUUAUGUUAUAAAUGGACAACAUAAUGCCAAUGCAGGAUAUAGAUGUGAUAAUUCAACCACAGGUCAUAGUUCAUGUUGUGCAGCUGGUGCUAUAUGUUUCUCAAAUGGUGUUUGUCAACAAGCAAAUGGAAAUGUUCAGGAUUAUUUAAGAGUUGGAUGUACAGAUCCUACAUGGAAAGAUCCAGCCUGUUUAAAUCAAUGUACUAGUUAUGCUAGAAGUUCAACUGCUGGCAUAAGAUUUUGUAAUGGAGCUAUAACAUCAACAACAGAAUAUUGUUGUGAUACUGGUGCCAACGGUGUAGGGAGUUUCGCUUGUUGCGAUGAUGACUCAGAUAUAUUCAACAUCUCGCCCGUAGCCAAACUUCUCGCUCAAGUUCCCCUCGACUACACCUCAUCAUCUUCAUCAUCCACAUCGUCCAUAUCAUCCACAACUUCUGCUUCUUCUACAUCUGUUACAUCUUCCGCAAUUACUUCAUCGGUAUCAACCACCACCACAUCCAGUUCAAGCACAGCAGCAACCUCCGAGUCAGCCGUCUCCCAGACAUCCACCGCCCCUCUACCAACCACAACCGCAUCUUCUUCUAAUCACGCUGUCGCCAUCGGUGCCGGCAUCGCUAUUCCCUGUGGUAUACUUGCUCUCGCGGGUCUUGGGUGGCUUUUAUGGAGAAAAAGACGCGCUUCAAAGCAACAGGCUAAUCAACUUCCUGAGGAUGAAGCAGGAUUUCCCGGGCAAGAGUAUCAAAAUCUAAAUCAGAAUUCACAAGGAUAUCAGCCUGCAGGAGGAUCUUUUGUGCAAAACCAACACGAAGUGGCUGGGCGUGGAGAACAUACUCCAAGUGAAAUUGGAACUGGAUAUCCACGAGGAAAUUUGGGAGAGGCGGGUGGAAUCGGGAUGGCGGAUAAGAAGGGGUACUAUGCACCGCAGCCGAGCGAGAUGGAACAGCCGAGAACGGUGCAUGAGAUGGAUGGGGGAAAUUUCGGGAGGAGGUAAUGAUAUGACGGAGUCAAAUUAAGAUUUAAAGAUAAAGUCAAGGUUUUGGGUUUUGGAGCGAUGAGAUUAAUUCAGAGCGGCAUGUGCAGGGGAUAUUCCGAGGACAACCAAUUUGAUUCGACAUUGAAACCCGGAGGGAGCUGUGAGGAAAAGAAGCGAAUCGAAUUCACAGGUCGUGAUUAUACGACAAGGCACGUGUACUCUGUGACGAAAGUUCACUCGAGAAAAAGAGGCACCAAGUCCUGCCACAUCCGGAAUUCCGACGUCCUCGCGUGUUUGUGCAUAUUUUUAGCGCGCUUCUUGUUAUUUUACGAUUUUAGACGAUGCGCUAAGCGGUACUAUACCUUUUUUGCAGCGGCUUUUAUGAUGGGAAAGAGAGAAGGGUUAUGAUUGGUUAUUAUUGUAACUUUGUUUAUAUUCAUGGGAGGAUGGGUUGAUCAAUAAGAAUUUAAUUAUUACAUUGUUACUUUGAGGAAGAAUUUUUUGGGGUUAGUGAUGGUUUGUUUGUCGGU